AGUAGAGAGAUGAACAUCAGCCGAGUGGAUAUUCUGUUGGAUUCGGUUCCACAGGAGGAGCUGAUUAAUUUUUUUCGCUGCAAGAAGACAGAGAUGUCCUAUGGCAUGGACGAACCACUCCUUUUCCUCAACCAGCUCCGAGACUACAAUCUGGUACCUGAUGAACUCUACCAGAAGGUUAUAAAGAUGAAAAGUAAGGAGAGAAGGCAGAAUGGUGUGUAUAAGAUUUUGGAAUGGCUGGAGAAGGAGCGAGAGCAGUGUAUGAAGCUGUUUUGGAGUUGUGUGUUUCAGGAGCACAUCCUUCAGAAAUAUCCGUUUCUGCGCUCACUCCAAACCAGCCUUCUGGAAAGAUCUUUCAUGGUUAAUGAAAAGCUGUCCAGGGCAGAGAAACUGACAGGAAAUGAGGAAAAGAAGGCAGAGCAAAAGAAAGGUGGAAUAAAGAGAAAGCACAGUGUUGAUGAGACAGAGGAAGAGGAUGCAGGCCCUUCUUCUGUGUCCAGCUCCAGCCAGAAGAAGGCUAUGUUCUAUUGUAGUGUAGAGAUGGAGGAAUCCAGUGAAGAGAGCGAAUCAGAGAAUAUGUUUGAGGCUGCUGUUUUACCAGUCAGCUGUGGUUCAGUCAUUGGAGAUUUAUAUAAAAGCAGAUUUGCAGGUUCACGCAGUAAGAGCAUCCGCACUGAGGAGCGCUGGUUCACUCCGGAGGAGUUCGUAAAGCAGGCGUUAACUCUGACAGAUGGCCACUGGAAGAAUGAUAUACGGUGUCAUGGCAAAACCCUUAACCACCUGGUGAAGAUGAAGAUCCUGGACAUCCAUCCACUGGGGUGUCGCUGUCAACUGUGCUGUCCUAAGGACCCGCUGCACCAGCAUAAAGAUGACGUGUGCUUCAUUUGUAAUAAUGGAGAAAACAUGGUGCGCUGUACCGAGUGUCCACGAGCUUUCCACCGUUACUGCCACUUACCAAGCCUACAGGACAAAACAUUUGGCAAUUGGAUGUGUACUUUCUGUGUGUUAAAGACUAACCAGAGAUUGUGGAAUCACAUGAGCAGGGAAGGUGCUUUGAGCAGUCCUGUUUCCGGAAACCUCAUGCGCUGUCAGUAUUUGCUGUUGCAUUUGUAUAAGGCAGAUACACAGCGUGUGUUUACUGAUGAUCCCUCGACAAAAGAGGAGAGAUACAGAAAUGUGAUUUCUAAUCCCAUGUGGUUGGACAAAGUGAAGACCAAACUGAAGAAUAACAAGUACAAAACAGUGAGAGAGUUUGUGCAUGACAUCUAUCUCAACUUCAACAACUGCCAAACAUUUAACAAGGACAAUACAUUUGGCAGGAUGGGAGCCAAAAUGAAAAAGAUCUUUCAGAAGGAGUUUGAUACCAUCUUUAAAAUCCAGUAGCCUCUUUUUCCUCUUUCACAAACCUGCAUCUCAUUUAAAAAUUCAUAAUCAAAAGACAAAUACUGAUGUUAAUUUUUUGUUUUGAGAUUUAGAAUCUUGUUGUUAACUUAUAAAGCUAUAACGCUGAGAGCAUCUGACUAUUUAAGUGAACUUAUCUUCUAUAAUCCUCCUGGUUUAUUAUUGUUUUAGGAUGCAGGUCUGUUAGUGAUCCCAAUAUGUCCAAUAUUAUGGAACUAAUUUUUGCAGCCUAGAUACUAAAAAAAUAUAUUUUAUUAUAAUCUAUAUUUUAACAUACAGUUUUAUGACUUUGUGUACAUUUAUUAUUCCAUGAAUUAAUGGUUUUAUAGUAAUUUCAUUUACUGUAAUCUUAAUAUCUUAUAUUUCUUAUAUAUUUCUUAUAUUUCUUAUAUUCUUGUAUCUCAGAAUUUAUAUAUUUUACUUCCUUUUAUUGCAUUUAUAUUCUUUUGUGUAAUGAUUUGGAAGCAUGUCUUUUACUAAAUAAUAAUACACUCUGUGAUUUUAGAACUUUUAAAGACAACCUGAAGCCGGACCUGUUCAUAUUUUGUUUGCUUGUGUUCUUGGUUACAUUGUGCUUAAUUCAAUUAAAAUAAUAUUUUUAUCUUUAAUGUUCCAGUAAAGUGCAUCAAUAUUUUUUAUUUCCAUUAAAAAAA